AUGAGUGUACCUUCAGCCCUUCUUUCCGCUUGCUCAAACUGGGCUCCUGGUUCAGCUCAUUGCGGGAAACUCGGGAACAAAUAUUGCACGGUCGAGUGCCAAAAAUCUCACUGGCUAGAGCAUAAGAAAUGUUGCAAGUCUCCUAUGAGCAAGGACAAAUGGAGUCCAGCGUAUUUCCGUGAAGGCCGCACACCUGCCUGGGAGAUCGGAGAAGCUGCUUCAAAAUUUCACAACCGGUUCGGAGGCGAAAAAUACCUAUGGGGAAAAACGCAUGCUAUGGAUGUCCUCAAUCUAGAGCAGAAUGAAGGCCUUAACUAUGCAGACGAUAUAGCUUUGCUAUUUGUAGACUCCGAGGAAACCAACACGCCACUAGACAUUGCAGAGGCAUUGAUUCAUGUUUGGUAUUCCGCAUCAAUUUCCACUAGUACCUUGUCUCUCCUUCAAAACAGAGUGAAACCAUUGAUUGUGGAGCUAUGUGGCAAAAUCUCAGACAAGCCGCCAAACGCUGUCCUGGCAAAAACCUGGAAGUUCUCGACUGGCCAAACUCUCCGCCUCGUACUGAAGAAGAAAGACUGGCUUCGGCUUCAAGGAUUCUGUGACAUACCAAAUGGCUUGACACCUGAGAAUGCCGCGAAGAUCCGCAGAGCUGUAACACUAGCCCCCGAGAGGGCUGAUUUUCGGGAUCGAUGGUACUAUAAAGAUGCAUCUCCGUCUAUGCGCAUUGCCAAACAACGGUUUCGAGAGGAUGGAUUACUAUUGCCAUUUGGGAAUCCACGUGGAGAUUUUGAUGUGCCAAAUCCUUGGUUAAUGAGUGACCAAGCCAACCCGUCUAGCGGAUGGCUAACCACGGAUGUUAAACAAACGUCAUCUCCUGCACCAGAAGACUGGUACGGCAAAUUGUACUUUUUUCUUCACAAGGUGCUGAAGAAGUUUCUGGGUCGCCUUAAAGAUCUCCGAGUUAGCUUCGACAUCUAUAACGUCGACGCAAAAGAACUGCCUCUCAACCUCAAGCAGGGCAUUUACUCAAGGAUUGAGGUGGCCAAUAUCAGUGAUGCUUAUUAUCUCGGAAUCCGCAAGACGCUAGGCCUAUUAUCUCCACUCCUACAAUUGCCACAGCAGAACCCGCAUGCCCAGCGUCAUGUAGAGUGGAAGAGAGUUGAGUAG